AUGGCUUCUGGACGCGUUUCCGACAGUGUAAACUUUGCUGACCCCUAUUUCGAAGCCAUGGUCAUGCGCAUGCUGGAAUCACUAGACUCAGAUGUGGAUAUGUCCGACCAACAUGAAGAUUACGUUGAAGAAAGUGAACAUGAUACCGAUUCCGAAUUAGAUCUAGAACCGAAUGAAGAGUUUGAUCAAUCCAAUAAUCAAUCAGUACAAGUGAGUGACAACUACUCAUCGGAUAACGAAAACCCGAAUUAUUAUUAUGUUUGUGCUUGGAACUAUGUUUUCAACGAAAACACGUUGCAGUGCGACUACCAUAUGAAACUGAGAUCUUCAAUUGCACGAGCUUUGGGAAAUCAAGAUGUUCCGCUACAAGAGGACCAUGGUGUCGACAGGUUGGCCAGGAACGAAAUAAAAACGUACCACAUCUGUCCCCCAAAGAGGAAAAGAAAAACCGUAUAA